GUGGAAGAGGAGGGAGACAGAUACACACACAUUAUACACACACUUCCCAGCUCCUCAGCAAACCAACGUGCAUCUCCGGGCAGAAGGCAGAGGCGCCCAGCCCGCUUGCUCCUGUAUGCAGAGCCUGCUUCGAAGAUCUGCUUGAAAUUUCAUUUGGUGAGAGACAUGUAAGAACAACAGCAUUUUUGUUUUGUUCAAGUUCAACACUGAGAAAUAUCUUAGUCAUCAUGCACAUUGUGUUGCAGUGCUAAAAUAAACAUGAUGAAAACUGAAGCUCAAGAGAGAUCAAACCUCCGGAGUGCUUCACCUCACAGAAAUGCUUACAGAACGGAGUUUCAAGCAUUAAAAAGCACAUUUGACAAACCAAAGUCAGAUGGAGAGGAAAAAGCAAAGAAUGAAGGGGAUCCUCCUCAAACCCAACAAACAAGGGGAAGGAGGUAUGGAUCUAAUGUCAACAGAAUCAAAAACUUAUUUAUGCAGAUGGGAAUGGAACCAAAUGAUAACAAUGGAGUUCCAGCAAAACACAAACCCAAGGGUUCGACUUCGUCACCUCAAAGGAGGGCAAAGCCAAAGGGAUACAUAGAAAAGACUGACAGCUCUGAUGGAAAACUCAAGACUACUGUGUCUGAAAGGAUCAGCCGCUUUGACACUAUAGAUGGGCCAUCAUAUUCCAAGUUUACAGAAACCAGAAAGCUGUUUGAGCACAAUUUACAGGAGGCAGAGCAUUCUAACCGCUUACCAUCAAGGAAAGAGAGACGGGGAUCAGGGGAUCUUCUAGAUGAAGGUCGUGGAAGUAAAUCUAAUAGGGGUAGCAGUGAUUCUUUGGACAGUCUCAGUUCAAGGACUGAGGCUUUAUCACCAACUGUCAGUCAGCUAAGUGCAGUGUUUGAAAACACUGAUUCACAGAGUCCAAAUGUAGUGGAGAAAGCUGAAAACGAUGAAGAAUAUUCAGUGACUGGUCAUUAUCCGCUAAAUAUUACAUCUUCCUCAGUUAAAGAUUUUGAAGGCUAUGGCAAUGCAAAAGACCCAAAUUCCUGGUCUCCCACUGGGGACACUGACACAGACUCCUUUGCUGAGAUCAGUCAGCAAAGAGCUUCUUCAAAAGAAGAUUUAACAUUUAACGUUUCUCCAGUGAAAAAAGCGGUAAAAAGAGAAAGCGUGGGCUGCAGUACAUCAAAUGAUAUUAUGGUGUCUAGGAACGAAUUUCAGGAAAGGGGUCAUGAUGAGAAUAAAGAUGGACACAGUGUUAAACAAAUAAUGCAAAAAGGGGAACAUACAAAACAGCAGAACAAUUUGUCAGAAGAAUCUGUCAAUGAAUUUGAUAGGACUAAGUUAGGAGAAACGAAUUCUGAAAAGGGCCAAAAUUUUCCUGCUGAUAGAACUUCUGGUACCCCAACAUCUCAAGAUGUUGGCACAAGCAUGAGUGAUGGAGUUGGAGAAGUCAAUAACUUGUCACCGGCACAGACAUUUGAAACCAAUGACUAUAAUGUAUAUAGAGUUCGCUCAAGGUAUAACACAGAUUGGGAAGAAAAUGAGCAAGAUGAGGAUGAGGACAGUGAUGAAAAUAAAUCUUACGAGCCAGAUAUGGAGUUUAUAGAGAUUCCUGGGUUACCUGAGGAAGACGAGCCUCCUCCUCAAAGAAAGAUAAGAUUUAGCAAAUCUCCAAUCAAAGUAUUCAACACAUACUCAAAUGAAGAUUAUGACAGAAGGAAUGAUGAAGUCGACCCAGUAGCCGCUUCAGCAGAGUAUGAACUAGAAAAACGUGUGGAGAAACUAGAUUUGUUCCCAGUGGAUUUAGAGAAAGAUGAAGAUGGUCUCGGAGUCAGCAUUAUUGGCAUGGGAGUUGGAGCAGACACUGGCCUGGAAAAGCUUGGUAUAUUUGUCAAAACGGUUACUGAAGGAGGGGCAGCACAAAGGGAUGGAAGAAUUCAAGUCAAUGACCAAAUAAUAGAAGUGGACGGGAUAAGCCUCGUUGGCGUUACCCAAAACUUUGCUGCCACUGUUCUCAGGAACACCAAAGGGAAAGUCAGAUUUAUUAUAGGACGGGAAAAACCUGGCCAAAUUAGUGAGGUUGCCCAGCUGAUCAGCCAGACUCUUGAGCAAGAACGGCGCCAGAGGGAAAUGCUGGAACAACAUUAUGCACAAUACGAUGCAGAUGAUGACGAGACAGGAGAAUAUGCAACAGACGAAGAAGAGGACGAUGUGGGUCCCGUUGUUCCUGGAAGAGAAAUGGCUAUUGAAGUGUUCGAACUUCCAGAGAAUGAGGAAAUGUUUGCUUCAGACCUGGACGCGACAAAACUUGCACAUAAAUUUAAAGAAUUACAGAUAAAACAUGCCGUCACCGAAGCUGAGAUUCAGAAACUGAAAACAAAGCUGCAGGCCGCAGAAAAUGAGAAAGUAAGGUGGGAACUUGAAAAGACACAACUACAGCAAAAUAUCGAAGAGAACAAAGAAAGAAUGAUGAAGCUGGAAAGCUACUGGAUCGAAGCUCAGACCCUGUGCCAUACUGUCAAUGAGCACCUUAAGGAGACCCAGAGUCAGUACCAGGCACUUGAGAAGAAGUACAACAAGGCCAAAAAGCUAAUCAAAGAUUUCCAGCAAAAGGAGCUAGAUUUUAUGAAACGGCAGGAGGCUGAAAAGAAGAAAAUUGAGGACAUGGAGAAAGUUCACCUCGCUGAAGUUCAGACCUUGCAAUGCCGUAUCAAGGACCUCGAGGCUGAAGUAUUUAGGCUCCUCAAGCAAAAUGGAAGUCAAGUUAACAAUAACAACAACAUAUUUGAAAGCAGGACAUGUCUUGAAGAUGACACAAAUGCUGUUUCUGCGGAAAACUUGGAUGAUAAGCAAGAACCCUGCCUGGAAGAAGGAGCAGUGAAGGGGGGAGAUCCUGGUGAUGUAUUUGAUUUUAAUGAAGCCAUUCCCGAAACAGAAAGGCUGGAUUCCCAAGCACUGAAAACCCGCGCUCAUUUCACUGUAAACAGCAAACGUCAGAAACCGUCGAGAACGCGACUGUGUGACAGCGUCAGCUCUACCGAUGGGGAAGACAGCAUUGAGAGAAAGCAUUUCAUUGUGUGGCCACCAGCAAACUGCUUUUCAUUUCACUUGAACCAAGCAUUAAGUGAUGAGUUCAGCCCAAGCAGUGCCAGCUCAGCCGAGCUCAGUGGCCUUGUUGCAGACAUGAAGAAAGCAGAGCGUUCCCACUCUCUAGCCCUAUCGUCUGACGAGAGCCUGGAUAUGAUAGAUGAUGAGAUACUGGAUGAUGGGCAGUCCCCCAAACACAGUCAUCUGCAAAGCCGCGCAGUUCUGGACUGGAGCACACAGCAAGUAAGCCAGUGGUUAAAGAGCCUGCACAUGGAACAUUAUGUCUCAGGAUUUUCUGCCCACGAGAUUAAUGGGGAACGGCUUCUCCAGAUGGACAGCUCGAAACUUAAGGCCCUAGGUGUGAAUUCUCAAGACAAAGUCAUAAUUAAAAAGAAGAUCAAAGAGAUGAAAAUGGCAUUAGAGAAAUUCCAAAAAGCUCAAGAAAAAAUGCAGAAGCAGAGGGGGAGGCUUCGAGAAAAGGAACGGGAAAUGAGAAGAGAGCCGCCCUCUGCUGGGGAGCCAGGGGGCAAAAAGGAAGAGUGACGGGCGCAUUAGGUGAAUAUGAGGCACAAGUUGGCACUAAGAGAGACUGCAGGAGCAGCACAUUGAAGCCGCGCGUGCCGCACACUCUUCUUGUACAAAACUGGCAGGAAUUAAACAGGAAAGGUUGUUAAAGUCAUAUCCAUCUUCUUUGCCAAAAUGUUUAUUUUGUUUAAUUAGCCUUUGUGAGCCAUUUGACUAUGUCAUGCUCAUGUGCAUAAGACAUAAUACCAGCAGGCUUUAUUACUUGCAUGGCAACAGGGCCGGCCCGAGGGAUGGAAAAAUGGGCCCCAACUUAGGAAAAAGCCUAUUAUUAUUUCCGUCAUAGGCCUAUAGAACACCUGCAGUAUGUCAUUAGGCACUGCCUACAUCUAAUGAUUGUGAGGUUGGGCCCUCAAUAUCAUUUCAGUGGAGGGCCCAAAGAGGCCAGUCUGACCGUGUUGGCAAGCUAAAAGAUGAAAUGAAUGCAAUGGGACUAAUUUGUUUCGUACUUUUAAUUGCUCUUUUCUGGCCAGCUUGGAUAUAUAUAUAUAUAUAUAUACACUGGAAACAAAUGAUUAAAUUAUAGAUUUAUCCUGCAUUUAAUUUUUAAAAUUUCAUUAAUAUCUCAGGUCAGUCACUUUUUAGAUACCUGGCAAAGAUAAACAACUUCCCAGUCCACAGAUAAGCCCUCUGUAUAAUAGGGGUCAUUUUUAAAACCCUUCGGUGCAAGUGCAAGAGCCCUUAUGGGGUGCAAAAGUGCACUCCAGCCCUGUCCUUACCAUUUUCCCUUAGAGCUGUGGGUAAGGAUAGGGCCCCUACGCGGCCUGGACCCCUGCAUCAAUCAGGCACGCAAGGUCCGGGGCAAGUAGGCACAUCUACAUGUCUAUGUCUUCAUCAGUCUGCGGGUCUCUGCACCCAGAGUGCCUGUGGUUAUUCGCACAAUGCCCCAUGCAGUGGCCAAAAACAAGGAAAAAUGGCCGAUUGCCUUUUUUGCACCUUGCACACUACGUGGAGCAUUGUAAAUGUGCCCUAAUGAGUUUAUCCUUAUCCUAACAAAGGCUGCAGCUAGGAGCAUAGAAGUUGCUUUAUACAGAACACCACCAGGAUUUAAGUUCAUCUUCAUAUGUAUAUAUAUAUAUAUAUAUAUUUAUACUUUUUUUUUAAUAAACAACUGUGAAUUGGAAAUGUUUAUAUUUCGUAUAGGUCUGGUAAACUAAAUCCGAAAUUGUACGGAUGAUUUGCUGAUACAAGUAAGGAAGAUUAGCCCGUUGGCAUACUAGGCCAUACUGAGGGUUUAUACUACAUUUGUACCAGCACAACAGUCAGUGGCUCAUUGUUUGUGGCCCAAGCUGCUGUUAAUGAUACUGGUAGUUAGGCUGUUUGGUGAGGGAGACAGUGCAGGGCCUCUGUGCACUUAUUUGAAUUAAUGUCUUGUAAUUCCCAGUAUGCUAUGAACACUUGGGUGUUUGCUCGUGCUGACAAGGCGAGAUGUUCCAAGCACAAACUGGAGAUCAAAUGCUGCAUAUUGAGUUUGUCUGACAAAGGUAACAGGCCUACCUGCUAGCAACGUAAAGCGACUGUACCUGUAUGAUUGCCGUUACAUCCUGACACACAGCAUCUUGUAUACACUCCAUAACACUAUGUACGUAAUGGGUCCCUAAAUAUGUCUGGGCAGGGAAACACUGUAUAAGCUAGAAGCCCUGCCUGCACACAGAUGCAGCUAUAACAUGGGCUUCUACAGGAGCUCAGAAUGAAUGCUGCUUACCCCUGAGGCUGGAGUAACUCUCACAAGGGUGGGCUUGAGUUAAACAUACUUUAGCCACUUAUUUGCAGUUUUAAUAGUAAAUAUGAUACUUAUUGUGGGGGCCCUUAGCUAUUUAAUGAUAUUUGGUACAAACAAUUCUGUGCUGUAUAACAAUUUGCUGCUUGCAAUACGGCCAGUGUUUGUUAGUGCUGUACAUUCCCAGUGCUACCAAUCCCUUCCUACCCACUCUCACUGUCAUAUGAAACCUCUGGGUUUUUGCCAUGUCCUGUUAAUUAUUAUAAACAUUGCAUAUUUCAAACAGCAUGUAAAAAGAAUUACCACCAUUUAUCUUUUAAUUACUAUAAUGAAUGCUUUUAUUUUAAGAGAGAAUUCUGUGAUUGUAAAAAUUAUUUUUAGACUAUAAAAAGGGUUGUAGGGUUUCUGUAAAUACAUGGUGCUUUCUCACUGAUUUGCUCAGUGUUUUGGGGGUAUUUAAAAGGAUGAUUAUUUGUAUACCCUUUGUUCACUUUAUUAGGUAGACUGCUGACAAAACCUAUAGAUACCUUCAGGCCGGGGCUGGCAACCUGUGGGUUCUGUCAAAUGCCAGAGGGGCUGCUGUAAAAUGCCAUAGACAGUCACUAUUUUUUGGGCCUGGAUACCCCCCCCCCCUAAUAUAAUAUCAAUAUUGAAUGGAAUAAGUGUGGCAUUAUGAGAAGGGCAAGUCUUUGAGUUAUAGCAUACACUCAUGAUGAAGAAGAAAGACUGUUCUGUGAGUGCUUAGCUAUGUUAUGUCUUUAUUUGCCUUUAGCCCCCUCGUGGGCUGGGUUUAAGUUAAGGCUUCAGGAGGGAGCAUUUACCCUGGGGCCCCAGCCCUUUCUGUGUGCUGCAACUCCCAGCAUUCCAUGGACAUCAGAAGCGCUGCUGGAGUUGUAGUAACAGCCAAGAGACAGCAGGCUGCAAGGUACUAAAUGAUGUAAUCUCUCCCUCCAUUCCUAAAUUGAUAGGGCCCCCUGUCUCCUUAUUCCACCUCUGGGCCCCAUGCUAAACUACUGUGCAUAUGACAAAAAACGGAAUCCUAUAGACAGAAUUGAGACAAUGCUUUAACAAACAGGUUGUCGUUCUGCUUUGCGGGCAUGUCCUUCCUUUGUCCUAUGUAAUAACAGGGCAUUGUCCCUGAAAUGUUUUAAGGAAUUUAUACUCUGUGUAUAAGCCAGACUUCCUUUCCAGUAAUGUUCCUUUAACCAUUCAGUAAAACACACUGAUCUGAUACCGUAUUGCUUAUAGCUCAGGGAAGCAUGAUACUUACUAGAAGUACAGAAAGACUUGCCUAAAACCUCUCUGCCAUUGGUUAGUGCCAGUAGGUCCCAGCAGGCCAUUUUAUGUUGUACAGUACAGGGAUGAAUUGCUACAGAAAUGCAGACUGGGUGGGCAGGUCAGGGAUCAUACAGCUCUCUCCAGGUCAUUGUGCAGAGACACAGGACUUGUAUGUAACAAGAUAUCCCUACAGUUUGUGAUCUAGAGGCCAACCUCCCCUUUGUCCCUAUAACAAUCACACUACUUUGUAUUUAAUGCAAUGUUAUGGCAGUAAUGAGUCAAUCACAGGUGAGAACAUAUCAUGCAUGGUAAAUGCUGAGCUGCUGGGAAUUGCUUCACCCAUGAUAUAUUAUACAGCGCUAAACCCACUGUUAUAAUCCUGACUCUCUGUCACACAUUACUUACCUUUCACUUCCGGCACAAUCCUUUUCAUCUAACAGUCUCUCAUUCAAGAAACUGCCUGGUUGCUAGGCUAAACUGGCACAUAGCAACCAGAUAACUGCUGAAAUUUCAAGCUGGAGAGCUGCUGAACAAAAAAUGAAAUGAUUUAAAAACCAAGAAAAAUAAACAAUGAAGUCCAAACCAUCUCAGAAUAUCACCAUCUAUGGCAAAAUAGUCUGUAUCGUAGUAUCGUUACAGAGCCAAAUCAGUUGCCAGUAUUCAACAGAAGUGGCAGUAAUACAAAAAGCAAAACACUAGGGGGUGCUGCUGCCAGUUGCGGUGCCCAUUCCUGAAAACUCAUCUCCCUGUACAAGUGGCAUUUACUACUGUAUUUUGUGUGUGUUACUGUCAUGAUAUAAAGAUAUGCCCAUGUAUUAUUAUUUAAAGGGAAAAUAUAUAUAUAUAAGGUCCCAUAUAUAUUUUAUUUUUAUGCUAUAUAGGAGCCAUGAGUUUAUGUAUUUUUAACUCAGCCCCUAAUACAUAUAUAUUAUAAAUGUGUUAACAGAAUCUGCCACUAGGUGGCGCACACAAUAAUAACUAGAAACAGAUUUGCAAAAUAGAAUAGCUGCAGCAGUUUCAGACAGGAUUGAAACAAGCUGUGUCUUAAUGAAACCCUAAAAUGUGGUACAGGGGUACCCUACAGAAAGGGCUUACAUUUCCAAGUCAUAUCAAUUUGAAUAAAUCUGGAAGAGCACUGAAUUAAGUGUAGGGGCCGAUUUAGCAUAAGCCUUACGCACGGAAGUUCAAAUUUUGCUGUUUUUUUUCUAAAUACAAUUUCUUUAGCUAGCUUCAUGAUACUGUUUUGGGUGCCCAUCAAGAGUAGCCAUAGUCAUAGAUGAGUACUGGCUGUCCUGCAGGAGCACUAGUUCACUUCUUCACUAUUAAACUCUGGGUUUAUUCUAUAAGAUUAGAGUAGUGAUUCCCUGGGGGGCUGAAGCAGUGGGAAGUAGGGCUCAGCAUUAAUGCCAAUAAGGUUGAAAAUUGGAGAUAAUGGCUAGUAUGGCUCUACUAGAUAUACCUGAAAACCCAGCUUGAAUGUCAGUAAGGGUGUGAUUUGACAUGUAUAUGUAUUUACUUUUCCAGACUAUGACCAAUGCAGUAAUAUUUUCCUAUAUCUGUACUUGUAUCAUGGGGAGGUUACUAAAGGAUGGACCUUCGAGUGCGACUUGAACUGAAGAAGUUUGAUAGUCACUGGCACUGAGCGCUGGGUAGUCAGAGUCUUUAGGUUGUACUUCUCUUUCUGCCUUCCAUACAACAUGCUUCUCUUUCAAGGGAAUUUGAGCUGGAAACAAGUGAAUAAAUGGAAAAAUAAGUGUCAUGCUUCUAGAUAAAUCCGCACAAACAAAUGCUUAAAGUAUUUCCAUUUUAUUAGGUAAAAACAGCACAAUUUGAAAUGGAUUCCAUACAUCCACAAGGGCUGGCAAUUGGAUUGGCACCAAUACAGUAGGUCUUCAUUCAUAUUCAGUAGCCCAGAGCAUGUUAUGGUGGUGUUGAACUGUACAUUUUGCUAGGCACUGCACAAGUCAUUUGUGCUCUCAAAGCUGCCCCUCAUGUAUAGGGGCCACUUUAUUGUCCUUUGGAAUGAUUGUACCUGGUGGUGCCCAUGGCUUGUAAUCCAACAGCAGUAUUGGCAUGAACCUGGGAGCAGGAAGCCAUUCUCAGUGUCUGCUCUUUACAGUAUAAACGCCCAGUAUACACCCUGCCCCGUGCACAAGGAGAUGCCAGCCGUCCGUUUACAGAUUGGGUGGUGCAGGGACAUAUCCUUGGAUAUUUACUCCUUGACAACUACAGUGUUUAUUCUCUUCAAACUGCAAAGUAGGUGACAUAAAUUAAGUGUAUUAUAUGCAUAACCAUAUGAAUGCAUAACCAUGGCCCAUAGUCCCACAUAAUAAAGGUGAGAUGUUUAGUGACUUCUGUUAACUAUAGCAUUCCUUCAACCUCAUUAUAACUGGAAACAGACAGCCCAUGAGGGUCUACAGAAACCCUGCAUGAGUAUAAGAGCACUUAAUAGCUCAGGGAUAAGGAGGGUUUCUGAGAGCUGCAGUUCAGCAAAACCUAGGGGACCAGAACUGGACUGUUAAUUCCUGCUGAAACCAGUAAAGCACUUACCAUGUAUAACUGUGAAAGUGCAGAUUCUCUGUCCUACAGAACAGUGUAAUAUUUGUACAGUCUUUCCUUCCCUUUCAGGUUUGGCGGAAUGGUGUUUAUUUUAUACUGUCUGUGUAGUAUAUAUUUGUCUGUUGUAUUUUAGGCCUCUUACAGUGGCUACUCAUACUUUAGCUCCAUAUUCAGAUGAGUUUAUUUUGUUAUUGUGAUGUUAUUUAUUAUGGCAUGACUGUAUGCCUGUCACCUCUUGGGUUGCUCAGCAGCUGAAGUGCAGCCACAUGCUGGGAACUGAUUGCCCUACAUAUGCCUGACACAACAUAUCCAAUGCCAUUUGUUACUGUAAAUAAACCUCUUGCCAAUAAGUAUUAUUGUCUAAAAAAUGAAUGCAAUAAAGUGUCUCUAAGUUCUAA